GCAGCGUCUAUGCAAGUCUAUAACGCCUUCGACUGGUUCGUUCCAUCGGUCGCUUGGACGCGAGAGAACCCUAACUAUGUUCCGUAGCUAGCUUUUCCGCCACCUUUUCUGGUCUCGGCGACGGUUGAACCCUCGAUUUGAAGGCGAUGAGCGAACCCCAACCAACCGAUUCCUUCGCGGGCGAUCCUCCUCCGAUGGCGGACCCGAGUUCCGGCGCGGUGUCGCCGGAGCCGGUGGCGGAAGCUGGUGCCACCGCGGAUGUUGGAUGCACGUCGAGGAAGGAGAAGCGGAAGGCUCUGAAGAAACUGAAGCGGAAGCAGACGAGAAGGGAGGCCGCGAUUCGGGAGAGGGAGGAGGACGAGGCGCGGUCCAAUGACCCGGAGGAGCAGCGUAAGAUCCGACUGAGGGAGCAGGAGGAGGUCGAGAUCGCGGAGAGGGAGCGGAAGCUGUUCGAGGAGCGGGAGAGGUUGUGGUUCGAGGCGGCCGCGGCGAGGAAGGCGGCUGAGGAAGAGGAGGAGCAGCGGCGGAAGGAGCUCAUGGAGAAAUCUCAAGAGAAGAAUCAGCAUGAUGCUCAUGUAAAUGAGGUGGAUGGAGAUGAUGAAUGGGAUUAUAUUGAAGAAGGUCCUGCUGAAAUCAUCUGGCAGGGGAAUGAGAUCAUAGUCAAAAAGAAAAGGGUGAGAGUUGCAAAGAAAAAUGCUAAUAAACAGCAAUCUGAAGAGGAUGAUAACAGACCAACUUCCAAUCCGCUACCUCCACAGUCUGUAGCUUUUGCUUCAUACAUGAACGGUCCAUCAAUUUCUGCACAAGAAGUGCUGGAAAGGGUUGCCCAAGAAGUUCCAAAUUUUGGAACAGAGCAAGAUAAAGCUCAUUGCCCAUUUCACCUCAAGACAGGAGCUUGUCGUUUUGGGCCACGCUGUAGUAGAGUUCAUUUUCAUCCUGAUAAAUCUUGCACAUUGCUCAUCAAAAAUAUGUAUAAUGGUCCAGGCCUUGUUUCGGAGCAGGAUGAGGGGCUUGAGUAUACAGAUGAAGAGGUUGAACGUUGUUAUGAAGAAUUUUAUGAAGAUGUGCAUACAGAGUUCCUGAAGUUCGGUGAACUUGUAAACUUCAAGGUGUGCAAGAAUGGUUCUUACCAUCUACGUGGAAAUGUAUAUGUACACUACAUGUUCCUGGACUCGGCUGUUCUUGCUUAUAACAACAUUAACGGUCGUUUUUUCGCUGGAAAACAGAUAACAUGUGAGUUCGUUGGUGUGACAAAGUGGAAGGUUGCUAUAUGUGGCGAAUACAUGAAAUCGAAGUUAAAAACUUGUUCUCAUGGGUCUGCUUGCAAUUUCAUUCACUGCUUCCGCAACCCUGGAGGAGAUUAUGAGUGGGCUGAUUGGGACAACCCUCCGCCUAAGUACUGGAUCAGAAAGAUGAUUGCUUUAUUUGGUCCUUCAAAUGAGUAUGAGCAUCACAAGCAGGUGGAUUUGAAAGAAUUUGAUAGGCCAAGGUGUUCAGAUAGGAAGAGAACACCAAUAGACAAAUGUAGGUACUUCUCUAGAAGGUCUGACAGUGAGCUGGAUGAACUCGAUAAUGAUUCUCCUGCCAAAAACAGGAGGGAGCAAUCAAGUAGGAGCAAAGAGAAGCCCGCUUCUCUGGAAAAGCAUGAACGAUCUGAAGAAUAUGAUAAGUUAAACUAUUAUGAUGACCGGGAAUAUAAGAGGAAACACAGGGAAGACUCAUUGGGGCAAAAAAGAGUAAAGCCCUAUGUCAAUGAGCACAUGAAAUCAAAAAGGUAUAAAUCAAGAUUUCAGGAACAACAGAAGUAUGCACAAUUUUCAGACUACACUGAUGAUGACAGAGAACUUAGCGAUGGCCAUUCCAAUAGCCUCUCAAGUGACAAGUCCAGUCACAGGCUUAGCAUUGAUGAAGAACGCUACAACGGAAGAAGUUGUUCUGAUGAUCUUGGUUCCGAUGUAGACCCUUCUCGCAGAAUCACCUCACAGCACAGUGGUUGCCUCACUGAAAGUAGAGAAUAUGGUCGACUAUCAAAGCAUAAGUCCUAUGACUAUGAGAUCGAUGGUCAUAGUGGUAAAUUUGGAAAACCGAACGAUCACCAUUUGAGAGUUUCUUCUCAUGAUCUUGAUUGGAAAGCCAGAAGUGAAGGUUCUGAUCUAGAGGAUGCUGAUGCUCGUUUACCACAUAGCAGAAGCAGGCGAGAAAAGAAACAUGAUAGAAGCAGUAGAAAGAGAAAUCUUCACCAGGAAAAGUGCGACGACAAUGAUCGUAGUGAUGAGCCCAGUAACAAAAAGUUGAAGAGGAAGGAAGAGAAGAGAUACUCCGGUAGGUCUUCAGGCAGACAGACAGUUCGAUAAGAAGUAUUGAUUGAUAGUUAUGAUCCACGAGUCUUUGUUCGGUGUCAGGUUAUCAUUACCUUUUUUUUAAAAAAAAAAUCUUUUUUAGCCUCUUCCUGCUAAAAGUUUUGAGAAGCUUUAGAUGCUGGCUGGAAGUGCAAUGAUCUUUGGUUUCAAGGAACUAUCAGUAAAUGUUCAUUUUGCCUUCCAACGACGAGCGGUGCUCAACUUGUGACAAGCUCCUGAAGUUUUGAGUUCUUUUACAUUCAUUUGUGA